UGCAAGACAAAUCACAUAUGAUGUGAUCUCUAUAUAGUUGUGAUCUUAAAUGAACAUAGUGCAGGCAGUUAAAUGUUAUGAGGGAAAUGCAUUAAGACGUGGACAGACUGUCUCCCACGAGCGAUUGUCCAUAACCUUAUAUGGAAUUGUCUUGUAGAGUUAGCUCUGUGCUCGCUAAUUCUACGGCCUCGCUUUCGAAUUAAGCUGUAAUGGCAGCGUGCCUUCCUACUUUUUGGUGGACUAGAUUCUGAGAUGAGUUUAUGCAGAUAUAAGGCAUGGCAAUGGAGCAUCCUAUGGUUGCACCACCUCCUCCACCACCCGCACCCCCUCCACCACAGCCCUCAGCAGUGCCCCAUAAGAAGAAACUUUAUCAGGCAAUUGCUGAGGGAAAGGCUGCUGUGGAGGGGGAUCAUGAGGAGGCCCGGAUCCUUCUCGCGCAAAGAGAGAGGAGUUUCAGAAAGGACCUGCAGUGGUUGCUGUUUAAUAAGUAUGUGCCUUCCCUGAUACAAAACGGUCCACAAUGUGGACUGGUGGCCUUGUGGAUGGCAACCCACCUUUUACAUCCUGCCAAGCGUGUUUCUAUGGAGACGGUGGUACAGACAGCUCUGGACAGGGGCUACACUGCACAGGGAGAGAUGUUCUCAGCGCAGGACAUGGCUGUACUUGCGGAGGAAGUGUGUGGGUGCAAAGCAGUGAGGUUGUCAGGGGGCAUUGAAGGACACAACACUGUCUUCAUUAUGAAACACCUCACAACGGGCCAGCCUGUUCUUAUACCAUACGACGAGGACUUCAAUCAUGCGCCAUGCCAGCGGAAUGGACACAAAGCUCACUGGGCUGUGGCUUCAGGUGUUUUGCUUGGACUGGCACCAGGCAGUGUGGACACUGAGCAGCUCCAUCCAGAUUCUGCCCUGCCCUGGUUGAAUUUCCUUGCAGAUGGAGCUCCCUGUUCUUGGCCCGUGGGCGCUGUGCAGGAGGUGUACAUCUUGGCCAAACAGGGCAAGAGCCUUCGUUACCAGCUGUGGAAACUGGACGCAGUGAGCCAGAGUAAUGCUCAGCUCCGGGAGAUGGCCCCACUGAGGGCUGGUGAUGGGACCCACUACGUGCUACCUGAGGGUGGGGUGGGCAAGGGUCUGGCAGGUCAAGUGGUGCUGCUCCACACCAACACACAGGCACAAUGAAAAGGGCUGUGUUACUGAGCAAGAGUCUGUACUGAAUAUAGGAUGACCGGUUGUUGUUACAGUAGAUGCCAGUAGCUUACUGAUGCAACUGAUAGAUGUUUAGUGUUUUCAAAUUGUAGUUCAACAAGAUAUCCUCCAGGUGUCGCUGCUGCUGGGCUUUGGUAAUGCCCAUGGACACUCAGGGCAGUGAGAUAAUGUUUAAGGCUGUGGUAUUGAGUGUGAAACAACUACAGCUUUAAGUCUUUUCCUGAAAACAGUACCUUGUUUACUGCUCUUUCUUGACAUACUAACUAAAGACUGAAUGCAGAGCAAUGGCAGAGGUAACCUAAUAAUUAUGUGUGGUAAUGGUUAAAGUUAUUACAGUACCCAUUGUUGAGAUGUGACGAGGACAAAAAUCAGCUCUCUUAAAUAGCACAGAGUCAAAUGUUUUGUGUCCUGCUGGAAAACGAUUUGCCAUGAGAGAGCAUCACGUUCUAUAACACACUAUCUGCCAGGAUGUUACUGCACUUAACCAAAAUUGUCUUGGGAACUUGAAGUGGUUACUUUGAUGAGACAGUUCAAGU